CUGAUUGGCUGCGGCGUGCGGCGGCUCCGGCGGUGAAGGUGAGCGUCUCCUCCAGGCGCCGUGCGCCACCCGUAACGAACCGGAGGGGACCUGAGUGGGUCGCGCCGCCAUGGCCGCCUCCAUCUUCACCGCCGUCCCCCGCGCCCCGCCGGUCGCAGUCUUCAAGCUCACGGCAGACUUCCGGGAGGACGGGGACUCGCGAAAGGUCAACCUAGGCGUUGGCGCCUACCGCACGGACGAGGGGCAGCCAUGGGUCCUGCCCGUGGUGAAAAAGGUGGAGCAGAUGAUCGCCAACGACAACAGCCUGAACCACGAGUACCUGCCCAUCCUGGGCCUGCCCGAGUUCCGGGCCAAUGCCUCCCGCAUCGCCCUGGGUGACGACAGCCCUGCCAUCAAGGAGAACCGGAUUGGAGGCGUGCAGUCCUUGGGCGGGACGGGCGCUUUGCGUAUCGGUGCGGAGUUUCUCAGGCGGUGGUACAAUGGAAACAACAACACAGCGACCCCGGUCUACAUCUCCACUCCGUCCUGGGAGAACCACAACUCUGUGUUUGUGGAUGCUGGCUUUAAAGACAUUAGAACCUACCACUACUGGGAUGCUGCCAAGAGGGGUCUGGAUCUCCAGGGGCUGCUGGAUGACAUGGAGAAAGCCCCUGAGUUCUCCAUUUUCAUUCUCCAUGCCUGUGCACACAAUCCAACGGGCACAGACCCUACUCCUGACCAGUGGAAGCAGAUUGCUGCUGUUAUGAAGCGCCGGUUCCUGUUUCCAUUCUUCGACUCUGCGUAUCAAGGGUUCGCCUCUGGCAGCCUGGACAAGGAUGCCUGGGCUGUGCGAUACUUUGUCUCCGAGGGCUUUGAGCUCUUCUGUGCACAGUCGUUUUCCAAGAACUUUGGGCUCUACAAUGAACGUGUGGGGAACCUGACUGUGGUGGGGAAGGACACAGACAAUGUGCAGCGUGUGCUUUCCCAGAUGGAGAAGAUUGUGCGCACCACUUGGUCCAAUCCUCCCUCCCAGGGAGCACGCAUUGUGGCCACUACACUUUCUUCCCCGCAGCUCUUUGCUGAGUGGAAGGACAAUGUGAAGACGAUGGCAGAUCGUGUCUUGCUGAUGCGCUCAGAGCUCCGAUCUCGACUGGAGGCCCUUGGGACCCCGGGCACCUGGAACCACAUCACAGAGCAGAUUGGCAUGUUUAGCUUCACAGGGUUGAACCCUAAGCAGGUGGAGUAUAUGAUCAAGGAAAAACACAUCUACCUGAUGGCUAGUGGACGCAUCAACAUGUGUGGCCUGACUACGAAGAACCUGGACUACGUGGCCAAGUCCAUCCAUGAAGCUGUCACAAAAAUCCAAUGAAGCACAUGAACAAACAAACUUACAUGAAGUCACCAAAGCUGUAGUGCAUAGUCCAUGUCUUUUGCUGCUCAUGGCUUGCCUUGAUCCGCACCUCUUGGGGUUUAAUAAAGAUGGGAGGGGCAGCUCAAUCAGGGAUAGUCAUCUUUUCACCUUUUUGAAGUGCCCCUUGCAAUAUGGUAAGCCAGUGUCCCCAAGAGGGUGGUGGCAGCAUGAGCUGUCUUGGCUCUUGUUUGACUGACAGCAGCCUCGUCUUCAGGCACUUAGACCUGCAUCUUUAGCACAUCUAAAUCAACUCCGUGUAACUGAUCAGCUUGAUCUAGGUGAAGUUUGGUGCCAGUGCAAUGUGCUGUGGGAUAACAGCUCAGUCAGCUGGGAUCUCAUAGGGUUUGUGAACUAAUGUCACUCUAGUAUUCUGGGGAGGAGUGAAGCUGUUGCUGUCUUGUGUCCCCCUCUCUUGGAGUUCUGAGCCUUAUGCGAGCAAACAUUCGUAAUCGUGAUUAUUGCUUCUUUGUGUUGCUGACAGAAAAUUAAAUCUCCAUCUCUGAACACUA